GUUGUAAGUUUAUUUUGAUUGGCAGCAUAAGACUUAGUGUGGUGUAUGUUCAUUUUAAUGAAAUCCUACGUGCGUCAUACUAUCACAUGUCACAACUAGAAAUAAAGAUCUAUCUAUCAUCGGCUCAAGAAGUUUAACGAAGAAAACAUAACAAUAAGUCUUGCUUUUAAACUGCUCUGUCGUCUGCUAUAAUUAGCAACAGGAAAAAGCGAUCUGUUGUCGAUUGAAUGGUUAUCAAACCAAGUAGUAGCGUACAUUUGAAUUGAGCUAGUGGAGGAUAUGCGAUUUCUCAAUUUACGGGAUUGGUUAAACAUAUGAGAUGUCGAGCAAGGAACAAAGACGUCGCGUUGGUAUACUGGGAACCGGGGACUUCGCAAGAGCGCUAGCAAAACGACUCUUCUUUUCCGGAUAUGACGUCAUCCUGGGAAGCAGAAAACCGGAAAAGAAAGCGAUGUCUGCCAUUGACCAGUGUCUGUGCAAUGUUCAACUUCUUUCCGUGGAGGAGUGCAUCAAAAGCGCUUCUAUAAUUUUUCUGGCAGUCCAUUUCGAUAAUGUCAAGGAGCUUCUGACAGAACACGUCGAGAAACUGGAAGGAAAGAUUCUAAUCGACGUCUCCAAUAGAGACAGGCCAAGCAGCGUCACUUCAAACGCGGAGCUCGUCCAGAAAAUGGUUCCCAGCUGCAAGGUUGUCAAGGCGUUCAACGUCAUUUCUGCCUAUGCGAUGGAGAACGACUACAACUCGAGCAGUAAACAGGUCUUCAUUGCUAGCAACAGCGAAGGCGCGAGAGAUGUGGUGGCAAAUAUUGCCAAGGACAUGAACUUCCGACCAGUGGACUUUGGAGGGCUGUUUGCUGCUCGGAGAAUCGAGAAACACCCACUGAGGCUGUUUCCGGAAUGGAGAGGCCCGCUUGGCUUUGCGGUUGGCGUAUUCAACGCAUGGCUUUUAUACCUUAUCUAUAUCUACUAUAUUGCGGAGUCCAAAUACCAAUGGGAGCAACUUUUCGUCAAAGUGCUCAACAAAGCUAUUUGCAUGACAGGCAUAACUACGUUGUCAGUAACAUACUUGGCCAGCAGUUUUGCGACCGUUUUUCAAAUUUACUACGGUACGAAACAUAUACGUUUCUCGCGGUGGCUAGAUAAAUGGCUGAAGAAUCGGAAACAGCUUGGUCUCAUAUCCUUCGCACUGAUAUCAAUACACGUGAUAAUGUCAGUGCUCAUCAUGUCUCCGACGUACUUAAGCUCCUGGUACCACAGCACUGAAAUCACCGUUCCUGUGAAUCUCACUGCGCCAUUUCAGAUCAAACAGGGCACGUGGAUGAAUUGGAAAGGAGAGGCGGCUUGCUUGGUUGGUAUCAUAGCCUACGUGGUACUUUGUUUUAUCUGUGCCACUACAUUUCCGUCCGUCACGGACACGUUAAACUGGCGAGAGUGGAGGUUCGCGCAGUCUAAGAUGGGACACGCUGCUUUAUUGCUUUCUGUCGGACACGUUCUGGUCAUGGGGCUACCCGGAUGGCUGUCGAAGCCGCAUCUCAUUUACAAAUCUAUCACAUUCCUGUGUUCAAUUUUACCGUGGAUAACAUUAUUACUGAAGCUUUUAUUUUCUCUUCCGUGUGUUGACCGGUACGUGAUGAAGUUACGCAAAGGUUGGGAGAGACACGAGAACAAAUGCAGAGCGGACUGCGUUCGACCCGUAAAACACGAGGGAUAUGUUGCUAUUGACAUGAACUCGGGAAAGCGGAUGUCGUGUCAGGAUGCGUGCGCAUGCCCUGAUGACAGGAUACCGAUGAUGAACAUUGGGGGCUCGGAUUGUGACUGUGCUAGUGAUGACCUUGUAUUGAACGUUCCUUAGGUUUUAAUGGGAAUGUUCUAGAAAAGGGACAACACUGUAAUAAAAUCAAAUACCCAUUUUAAUAAGGUUGUAAAAGACGAACACAAAACGGUGCUUCAGUUAUAUAUGUAUACAUGUCAACUAGAAAAUAGUUGGACCACUGGGUGAUAAAGUCCGUGUGAAAUUUAGGUUUGUAUUGUUUUAAAAAGACAUUCUUCCGAAACAAACAAACACAAGAAAUAUGUAAACAAAGACACAAUGUAUUAUGUUAUAAGAAUAAUUGUAUAAAACAACCUUUAAAACAAAUUAAACAAAAUUAUAUCCUCCGGUAGUACCAGGUAUGUGUAUUAUCUAAUACACAUACCCUAGGUAAAACGUUUGUUUUAUUUGCGUACACUUUCUUUGAUUUGAACUUUGUCAAUGCUUCUAGAACGAAGUGUUAACAUCUUAAAUAUCUUUACAAACUGUUGAUCAUUUAAACAUACUUGUACCAAUGAACAGAACACGCGAGCUGAUUGUCGUACAUUAAUAUAAAAAAGUUCACUACCGUAUGUCGUGUGCACUUUUAUUAGCCUCUUUAUAUGCAAACGUUGAGAUUCGUUUCUAAAUUAAAGAAAUAGGACGCAAAUAAGGGUUCAGAAUGUAAAUCACGGGUUUCGCUGCCUAACAUUAGGGUCACCAUUUGCGACGAUAAUUUGCGAAAGUGAUUAUUUAAUUUCAAAGCAUUGUCUCCGAAAUACUGUACGAAAAUCUUUUGCAAGUUAAAUGCAAAUGGUUGAACGCAAGGGACAAAAACGUAGGCGGUCAGGGUCUGUCAGUAAUAAAAAUUGGUUCAUAAGCAACGAAUAGGUUAGAGUGUAAAACUAAAACCAGUGUGCAAAAGUUACAUCAUACUGACCAAUUGAGUCAUGUAUGACCACAUUCUUUCAAUGUAUCAAUCUAUUUUACUCGAAUGCAUGUUUUACACAUUUAGGCAGUUGUUCUAGCUUUAUCUUUUGGAGAAUUUGAUGUGGUAAACACAUGUUUUCAAUACUAAAUCACUGAACUAAGAUAAAGUUAGAGACUACAUGAAUAGUUAAACAUUGGGAUAAAACGAACAACAUUCCACUAGUAAAUGGACGACAAAAGGUGCAAAACAGUCGAUUUUGGUUUGUGUUAAGUUCUUUCUUGUGUUUUACAUGACUUAUACUUUUUUGCAUAAAUUGAUUCAGUGUAGAAUGCCUUUUGAAAAAUGUAUGGUUAUGGGGGUCCAUGUGCAAAAUUAUACAUUUAUUGUCGCUUAAAGAUGUUGCUUUUACCUUGAAUUUAUAAGGAAAAUAUUUAGUAUAUUGUGAAGUGUUAGUCUUAGAGACGAUGUUUGUUCUGCCAUUGACAGUCGCCGUUUAUGAUAUUGAAUAAUAAACCAAUAAGUACUGGGUCAAACCUUCAUAAAGACCAUUUAUGAGAAUUAUAAUUAGAGACGAUGAAAACUAAAUAAUUAUAAGAUAUUGUAAAUCCAAAAGCAAACUAUUACACUGUUUAUACAUGAACGUGUUAAUUUGAUUUGAGCCAUUAGAUUUUCAAAUAGUUGCUAUCUCUUUUUCAUAUUCAGAUAUUCAUUUAUGUGGUGCAAUGUUUAAUUACAUAAUUUUGAAACAUUUAUAAAGCAUACUGUUUCAUUGAUGUGUACAUGCAAUUUGAUGAUUGUUAUUUUGUGCUGUCUGACAUGUAAACAAAUGUUAUUUAUGAUAUAAAAUAAAGCUUGUGAUGACUUA